AUGAACUGGAUGGGACACACUGAUAUUUUGUAUUCUGAUAUUUGGUUCAAACUAUACUGCUUGCUUCAGGACAUUGCAGUAGAUCCUGAAGAAGAUCAAAAAGAAGGUGGAGAAGAAUGUGAGCAUUCUUUUGUUCUAAAGGAUGAUAUCGGUUCUGUUUGUCACAUCUGUGGACUUGUAGACAAGAGUAUUGAAUCCAUAAUUGAGUACGAGUAUCCUAAGGUUAAAAGAUCUAAAAGUCACAUACAUGAACAUUGCUAUACCAAAGAUGGAAAACCAACUGAUGACCACUCAGAUGGGCGUAGAUUUUCUGAAAAUGAUUCAAGUGUAACUGUGAUCCACUCUCAUCCAAGGCACAGCAGGCAAAUGAAACCCCAUCAAGUGGAGGGCUUCAAUUUUCUAGUAAGCAACUUGGUAGCAGAUGAUCCAGGGGGUUGCAUUCUGGCUAAUGCUCCAGGAUCUGGGAAAACUUUCAUGAUCAUUAGUUUCAUGCAAAGUUUCCUGACCAAGCAUCCUGAAGUCAGAUCUCUUGUUGUACUUCCCAAGAGUAUUUUGGCAACAUGGAAGAAAGAGUUUCUGACUUGGCAAGUUGAGGAUAUUCCACUAUAUGACUUCUACUCAGUAAAGGCAGAUAGGCCGUCUCAGCAGCUAGAUGUGUUGAAACAGUGGGUGGUGGAGAAGAGCAUCCUGUUUUUAGGACAUACACAGUUCACUGCAAUUGUUUCUGGUGAUGGAGCUUCUGAGGCAGAACUUACCUGUCAGGAAGUACUGUUGAAGACCCCGCAGAUUCUUAUUUUGGAUGAAGAUCACACUCCAAGGACCAUCAAAAUGGAGCUUCAUUAUUGCCUUCAAAAAGUUCAAACUCCGCAGAAAGUCAUACUAUCAGGCCCCCUGUAUCAGAACCAUGUGAAGGAGGUAUUUAAUAUUUUGAAUCUUGUUCGUCCAAGAUUUCUGAAGUUGAAAACUUCCCAUGCUGUUGUUAAGCGUAUAAUGAGCAAGAUGGACAUCAUGGGUGUGAAGAAUCAGGUGAAAUCCAGUCAUGCAGAUUCUUUCUAUAGUGUGGUGGAGACCACUCUCCAGAAGGAUGACAAUUUCUGGAGGAAAAUAACUUUGAUACGAGAUCUCCGUGAGAUGACCUGCAAGGUUCUGCAUUACUGCAAGGGAGAUUUUCUCAAUGAGCUGCCUGGCCUUUUUGAGUUCACAGUUCUCCUCGAUCUAAGUUCCAGACAGAAGCAGGAAAUUGAAAAUUUGAAAGUGUAUGAGAGUAAGUUCAAGAGAAAUUGUGUUGGGAGUGCUGUUUAUGUACACCCACAGUUGAGGUAUUUCGCAGAGGAACCCACUGCAAGUGAAGCUUGGUCGGAUAAUGAUAAAUGUGGAUUUUAUUUUAUUUUAUAUAAUAAUAAAAAAUGAAUCAUAAUAAAUGUAUACAUAAUAAUAAAAUUAUGUACUUCAUUCCAUUUUCAUAACUACUAGUAAAACACAUUACAGAUUCAAUUU